GCGCUGCGGGUGGUGGCUCUCCCCCAACCCCCACCCCCGCCCGGCUGGAGGAAAGCCCAUUGGCUGCUGCGUGGGGCCGCGUGCUGCCUCGCGCCUGUGACUGUCGCACGUGCUGGGGCCGGAAGCAGCCGUCGCAGCGAUGGCGUCGUUACUUUGGGGAGGCGACGCGGGGGCCGCGGAGAGCGAGCGGCUGAACGGCCACUUUUCAAACCUCAUCCACCCCCAGAAGAACCUUCUGGGUAUCAAGAGUGCUACCAUCCCAAACAUAGAUGGUUCUGUUAAUAGGAUCGAAGAAGAUGAUGAAGAUGAUGUAGUGGAUUUGGCAGCUAAUUCACUCUUAAACAAGUUAAUCCGGCAGUCCUUAGUAGAAUCCAGUCACCGGGUCGAAGUCUUACAAAAGGAUCCCAGCUCUCCACUCUACUCAGUGAAAACAUUUGAAGAGCUGCGGCUCAAGGAAGAGUUACUAAAAGGGAUCUAUGCAAUGGGAUUUAAUAGACCAUCCAAAAUUCAAGAGAUGGCUCUUCCAAUGAUGCUGGCACAUCCACCCCAGAACCUCAUAGCCCAGAGCCAGUCUGGAACAGGAAAGACAGCUGCUUUUGUAUUGGCAAUGCUCAGCAGAGUUAAUGCCUUGAAAUUGUUUCCACAGUGCCUCUGCUUGGCUCCUACUUAUGAACUGGCUCUGCAAACUGGCCGUGUGGUCGAACGGAUGGGGAAAUUCUGUGUGGAUGUUCAAGUGAUGUAUGCCAUUCGAGGAAAUCGAAUUCCCAGAGGCACGGAUGUCACCAAACAGAUUGUAAUUGGCACUCCUGGGACUGUCCUGGAUUGGUGUUUCAAGCGAAAAUUAAUUGAUUUGACUAAGAUUCGUGUGUUUGUCCUGGAUGAAGCUGAUGUGAUGAUCGACACGCAGGGAUUUGCAGACCAAAGCAUUCGUAUUCAAAGAGCUUUACCCUCCGAGUGCCAGAUGCUCUUGUUUUCGGCGACCUUUGAAGACUCUGUGUGGCAGUUUGCCGAGCGAAUCAUUCCUGACCCCAAUGUUAUCAAGUUACGAAAAGAGGAGCUGACCCUGAACAACAUCCAACAGUACUACGUGUUGUGCGGGAACAGGAAAGACAAGUACCAGGCUCUCUGCAACAUUUACGGCGGCAUCACCAUAGGCCAGGCCAUCAUCUUCUGCCAGACUCGUCGAAAUGCUAAAUGGUUGACUGUGGAGAUGAUGCAGGAUGGCCACCAGGUGUCUCUGCUGAGUGGAGAGCUGACUGUGGAUCAGCGAGCUUCCAUCAUCCAGAGGUUUCGGGACGGAAAGGAGAAAGUCCUUAUAACCACCAAUGUCUGCGCUCGAGGGAUUGAUGUGAAGCAGGUCACGAUCGUCGUGAACUUUGACCUCCCUGUGAACCAGGCAGAGGAGCCGGACUACGAGACCUACCUCCACCGUAUCGGGCGCACGGGCCGCUUCGGGAAAAAGGGCCUUGCCUUCAACAUGAUCGAGGUGGAUAAGCUGCCUCUACUGAUGAAGAUCCAGGACCACUUCAACAGCAGUAUUAAGCAACUCGACCCUGAAGACAUGGAUGAAAUUGAAAAGAUUGAAUAUUGAAGAAAUAACUUUUUCACUUAGAUGUAUUUUGGUUUAUGUGAGAAUGUAGGUUUUGAAGGUAAUUUUUUAUGUUGAGCCUUUUACAACAUGAAGCUGUUACGUAUGGCAAAAUAAAUGUCAUGGUAGCCUUAGUUUUAAGACCUGAGGUUUUUUUGAACCAAAUUGAUGUGAAGCAGUUGAUUCUUUUGAAUAAAAAAGUGAGAUAAUUUCUUA